UUAACGACUUGUCCUAAUUCUAAUAGGGAGCUCCGAAGCAAACUCCACGACUCGUCCUCCCCCUCUUCCUCCCGCCUCCCCGGAUCCCGCCGCCGCCAUGGAGGACGACGACUUCGGCGACCUCUACACCGACAUCAUCAUCCCCACCCCCACCCCCGCCUCCACCUCCGCGCCCUCCAACCCAGCGCCCGCCGAAACCCUACCCCGCCCUCCCCCAAACCCUAACCCUACCCCUGCCGCCGCCGAGGCUGAGGAUGACGAUGACUGGCUUCUAGGAGGAAGAGACCUCAUCCCCGGGGUCGACCCGACCGGAGACUGGGCCGACGAGGACGAUGAUGGCGGCGCGGCCACGCCUCCCGCGAGGCGUGAGGUUUCUGCGCCCGCGAAGUCGCCCCCUGCCGCGGAGGAUCUCGAUCCGCUCAUCGGGGGAGGCGUGGGCGACUCCGAGCCGGCUAUCCCGGGGCUCUCAUCGUCUGCGGCAGCUGGUGCGGCAGGGAGCGACGAGUGGGACAGCGACAGCGAGGACGACAUCCAGAUCGUGCUCAACGAGACGGACGGUCGCCGGGGACUCGGGGAGGAUGAAGGUGACGACGAGGACGGUGAUGACCUCGUCAUCGUCGCGGACGGGCCCCACAUCCCCUUGAUGGAGGAGCAGGAUUGGGGGGAGGACCCCACAGCGGCGGGGGCAGAAGGGGAGCGGAAGGACGGCGGUGAGCCUGGUAAGGCGGUGGCGGCACCCGGCGGGAGGAUCGGGUACAGUGGCGGCAGCCAGGGGUUCCACCCGCAGCACCAUUCCAUGUUCAAGUAUGUACGCCCUGGCGCUUCAAUUGGUGGGGCUUCUGGUGCUCCUGGUCAGUUCCGCCCUCCUGGGCCUCCGGGUUCUUUCUCUGGUCGAGGAAGAGGUGACUGGAGGCCUGCUGUUGGUAGGGGCAUGAAUAAAAGCUUUCAUUCAGGCUAUGGAAUGACUCCAUGGGGUGGUUCAGGGCGUGAUUUUGGUGGUGGACUAGAUUUUACACUUCCUCCUCACAAGACAAUAUUUGAUAUCGACAUGGAUACUGCAUUUGAGGAGAAGCCAUGGAAAUACCCUGGUGCUGAUAUUUCAGACUUUUUUAACUUUGGCCUUGAUGAAGAGAAGUGGAAAGACUUCUGCAAGCAGCUGGACCUACUGCGACUAGAGUCUACAAUGCAAUCUAGAAUACGGGUGUACGAAAGUGGCCGCUCGGAACAGGUCUAUGAUCCAGAUUUGCCACCAGAGCUAGCUGCUGCUACUGGUCAUCCAGAAAUAUCUGCUGACAAUCGCAACAAAAUAGAUAACGGGCAUACAGAUUUCAGUGCCCAAGGAAGAGGUCCAGCAAACAUGCGGACGCCAGUGAUGACAGGGAGACCUAUACAAGUUGAAACUGGUUACGGAGAACGCCUUCCAUCUAUUGAUACACGCAUACCUCGAAUGCGUGGGUCAGAUUCUGUUAUCGAGAUUGUAUGCCAGGGCCAUGAUCCAAUGGCUGAUGACACAGUGGACCAAACUGAGAAGGAUUCUCAAGGAGGUAAUAAAGGAACCCAUGAUGUUGAGGAUGGCAAACCCUAUCCAUCAGAUAAGACGAAUGAUUCUGGUCAUAACUCAAAUUUGGGGAAGACAGAACAUAAGAGACGGCUACCAGUUUCAUCUGAAGGUGAUAUGUUGUCCUUGGACACCCAUGCCCACUCCCCUCCCAGUUACAAAACAAGAGGUUCUCCUCGCGGAGUAAGGUCAUUGAAAGGAAGCUUACCGGGUCAGAACUCUAGUCGAGAAUUUGAAAGCUCCAACGAAGUAAUACAUCGCCAAACAUUCUCAAAGAGAUGCCGUGAUUCCCAGAGAGAGUCAGAAACUAAGGGUGAUUCAGAGGGUUCACCUGUUGCUGCUGCUGAUGCAGCAGAUAAGCUGAGCACAGAAGAUCACCUUGAUGAUAAUGAUGAUAGGAUCCCAUUGCUUGAUAGUACUGAGGUGGAUGGUGAUGAUGCUACCUCAGACCCUAACACACCUAGUGAGACAAAUGAGGGUGAUAACUUGGUUCACUCUAGUAAAAAGCAGAAACUUAUUCCUAUGGUUGAGCAGCCCACUGGACACAAUAACAGUGAGCAGGACGAAUCGAGGGCACUGAAUAGUGACAAUAGUAAAGGGAGGUCUGGUAGCAGCAAAGAUCAACAGAAACGCCUUGAAUCUGGUGAAGAAGUUCUUCAAGAUAGGCAUUCAAGGCGAGUAAAUGAUGUAAGAAGGCAUCAUGAUGUGGAAGAGCGCAACCUCCGUCGAAAGGAUGAGUACUCUCGCGAUGUAAAACCAGAUGUAGAAAGGUCACAUUUGCCUCCCAGAGGCAGGGAAGAUAUCCACCAGCCUUAUGCAAACAGAGAUCGGGUUGACAUACGGGGUAGAAGUUAUGAUAGGGCAAGAGAUACAGAAAUUUGGCCGAGGAGAGAAGAUAGCGUUCACAGCAGACGAGCUAAAGAGGAAGAUUUGAGGGUGGAGUACAAUGCUGAAGUUGGUGCAGGGCAUAGAAAUAAGGUGAGGCCCAUUGAUAGGAAUGAUAGAGAUGAAGAUCUUCAUUCGCGGAAACGUUUGGAUGAUGGUGACUGGAGGAGCUCUCGACAAAGAGAGCGUGGUGAUAUGGUUUUGAAUCGGCGUGAAAGUUUGGAUGACUCACAUAUCAAGAGAAAUAAGGAUGACGAGAACUUGCGGAGAAUGAAACCUGAAAAUGAAGACGUGAUGCAUGGUUAUAGAGCAAGGGAUGAUCAUAACCGAAAAAAGAGAGAGAGGGAUGAUGGAAAUGAUCAGAAAAGAAGAGAUGACAGUGGUAGGAUGCUGGAGAAGGUCGAUGAUCGUUAUCAUGCCAAACACAAAGAAGACAACUGGCGACAGAGAGAAAGAGAGGACAGACAGAGACCCAAGCAUGAAAACACAUUAACCCUUCAGAGAGAAGGGAGAGGAACUGGUCGGGGUGGACGGAUUAUGGAUGAUAAGUUAGUCAGUGGUGGUAGGAAGAAGGAUGAACCGAGACCAUCAGUAUUAAACAAAGAUACCCAAGAGCGCACCAGGCAAAAUGAACCUUUGAGGAGAGGCCAGGGUGCGGAAGAAAACAGCCUGAAGAAUAAAGGGCGGUCUGAUGUACAUCCACGCGAUGACAAUUCAAAUAAUACUGAGAGGUCCAGGCAAGAAAAACCAAACAAUAAUCGUCUAUCUAGCAGUUCUGAUGUUCGCCAUGCGGGUAGAGAUAGGUACAGGGAGAGUAGAAGAAAGGGCAGAAGUUCCGAGCCUAGUGAGCACGAUCUUCACAGAUCGAGCAAAAGGAGACGUGAAGACCAUGAAAGACAUCGAAGUGGGAAGGUUGAGACAAAAGAAGCGAGCGAGCAAGAGAACAGUAGAGAUCGUGGCGCAUUAUCCCAAAAGAGCCAGAAUCCUCAACCAGAUAAUUCAUUCAUGAAACAAGUUGAAGAAGACGCCAUAUUAGAUGAUGAGAAUGAGGAUUCAAGGAGGGGCCGCUCUAAGUUAGAGCGAUGGACGAGCCACAAAGAGAUAGAAUAUACUAAUAUUGAUAAUGAAACUACAGAGACAUUUCCGUCCAUCAAAGUUGAUGUUCAAACCCCCACUGCCGAUGAGUUAGGUAAAUCUGAAGUUUGUACUGCAGUUGGCAGUUCAGACAUCAAGAGCAGUGGUGAUACUGGGCAGACAUCUGAUAAGAUGACUGAGGAGCAUGACCGACAUCUAGAUACAGUUGAGAGGCUCAAGAGACGAAGUGAGCGUUUCAAACUUCCCAUGGCCGGUGAGGAGGAGGCACCACAGAGCAAAAAGAUGGAUGCUGAAGUGCAGCCUCCCCAAAAUGAAUCUGCUGCUGCCGAUAUGGAAGUGAAGCCAGAGCGUCCAGCUCGCAAAAGGAGAUGGACUGGGAGUUAAUCGAACUUGAAUAGCACUGAAGAAAUUUCGGUAGAUUUCUUGCACAUGCUUGCACUUCGGCAUGUUUUUUUCUCGUACAACUGAAAGUUGAAUUGAUGUAUGAUUUUACUGUUUUACUUAUACCUGUACGUGUAAACUUACAUAGUUGAUUUGUGGCUGGGAACUGGAUGCUGUACUUUCCCCCAUCCCUUUUCCUACUAUGAUUCCAGUGACCUAAAUGUGUGGCAACGGUGCCACCGAACUUUAGGAUAGUUCCAAGGCUGUUAUGAGAAGCAGUCUCCUCAGAGUUUCCCAGUCGAAUCACUGGGUUCCACAGGAGCUACAUCUGAAGAAGUUGGAGCGCCAAUGCUGCAAGUUACUUUCUUAUGAACUGCAGGUGGCCUGUACGCAUUGGAUUUUGUAUCAUUCUUGUAUUGGUGUGAGUUACAAGCCGUGGUGGUUGGAUGUUUGGUAUGUGAUGCUGACUGCAGAAGCAAUCGAUUCAGCUUCCUGUUCAUGGAUACCAGGUGACCAAGAGCUAGAGAUUCCAGAACUGAUAUAACCACUGAUUUGUAUGCUUCAUAUUACCAUAGUCAUGUACAUUCUGAUAAACAUAGAAGUGUCGAGCACCAGUUAUUAGAUGCAACAAGAGUUUGUAGUGUAGAGAUUGUUUACUUGUUGUAGAUUAGCGAUGUAUAUAGUUCAUGUGGAAUUUUGCUAAUCAUACAGAGUUUAAGAUGGCA